CUAAAAUCAGUCUCAUUUGACAAAGAGGCAUUUACUCUCAGGCGGUUUUAGAUAAUCGUCUUAAUAUCCUCGAAAUUGAAGCUUGCAAUAAAAAAAUAGUUCUUGGACAGCUUAUCACUAUAUCCCACUCCACUCACAACUCUUCCAUGAAAUCGCUAUACCAUCGCAACAUAAUCUAGUAAUAACUGCACUCCACCUGUUCGAUAAAAAACCCAAGAGAAUCCCUAAAACUGUUACAGCGAUGCAGCGAUUGUUCUUGAACUCUGUUUCCUCUCUGAAGCAUUACUCUUCAUCAGCAUCAAACGUGCUUAAACCCGGUGACAUUUUGAAGCAAUCCAGAAUAUUUUCCAUAGCCGAAGUCGAGGAUUACUCGAAGCUAACACACGAUCAUAAUCCACUCCACUUUGAUUUGGAAUGCGCCACGAAAGCCGGAUACAAAGACACUCCUAUCCCGGGAUUGCUCGUUGCUUCCCUGUUUCCGAGGAUCAUCGCUUCCCAUUUCCCAGGGGCGAUUUACGUGAAGCAAACGCUGGAGUUUAGGGCGCCGGUUUUCGUAGGAGAUGAUGUUGUUGGUGAAGUGCAGGCAAACAGCAUUAGACAGCUCAAAGAUAAGUUCAUGGUGAAAUUUGCGACUACUUGCCGGAGAGAUGGUGGCGAGGUCGUGAUUGGUGGUGAGGCUACGGCAAUUCUACCCUCGCUGGCAGUGAAUGGAGUCGGCCAGGGGUGACCGGAGACUGCGUUUCGACCUGCUUUUUCUUGAUUGUUAUGAGUUUGCUUUUGCUUGUGUUGUUUGAUUUUAUUUUCCAUCCAUUGAUUUUGAAGGGAUAUUUGAUUGUGUUGUUACUAUGCAUUUUUGUCUUUCUAUUUA